AUGGUUGGGUCACGAAGGUCUCGGGGGCGUCCGCCAAAAACGGUGUCACCGGUACCGGCAAACCCUUCGUCACUGGUAGUUAUCCCGGUGGUGAACACAAAGGAAGACGAUGAUGAGAUUCGUAAGAAGCGGGAACCUGUAAUUGAUAUGGAAACAGUACAGGUUGAAACCGUAUCAGAAUCACAAAUUGGGGAAAAUCACAAGCUCUGGGUGGAUGUUAUCAGUGGGAACUGGAAUCCGGCGAAAGGACGUGUGAUGAAAUAUGUUGCUCCUACGGUGGUGAACGGUGCGGCUGAAGUCGUUCUCGAUGAUGAUGAUGUUGCAUCGGAGCUGCAAUUAUGGAAAAAUGCUUUGAUUGUGUAUGUGAUUGGGGAGGAUAUCAGGUAUUUCAUUCUCCGAUUUAAGCAACGGGAUGAUCUGGAUGCUGUGGUGAUGCAAGGGCCAUAUACCAUAAGAAAUAUGCCACUACUUUUGAAAACGUGGCGUCCAGAUUUCAAUCUCAAUGAUGAUUUGCUGCGAACUCUCCCAAUAUGGGUGAAGUUACCACAAUUUUCCCUACAUCUCUGGGAAGAGAGGAGCCUCAAUAAGAUUGCUAGUGUCAUUGGAGCCCUUCUAGUGACAAAUGAAUGCACCACGCAUAAGCUUAGAGUGUCUUAUGCUAGAGUGUUGGUAGAAGUGGAUAUUACACAAAAGUUACUCGAUGAAAUUACUAUUACUGAUAAUGAAGGCAAGAAGAGGAAACAGACUGUUGAGUACGAAUGGAGACCUAAGUUUUGUGAAAGAUGCCAAAAGAUUAGCCAUCAGUGUGAUCCUAAUCGUAGGCAAAAGGUGUGGAAACCAAAACCUAACCUAAAGGCUGACCAGGGGAAGCAAAACACUAGUAGUAAUUCCACACCAAUUCAGGAGGCUCCACGGAGUUUGGAAGAAGCAGAUGAAGGCAAAUGGACAGUUGUUCAAAAGAGAGGUAAGGCUAUUGAUGUUACUGAUUCCUCCAAUGGUGUUCAUUGUUUAAAUGGUUUUGGGGUGUUGAGGGCUUUGAAUGGCCCUCAGGGUGCUUUGGAUAGUGGACCAUUUAAAGCUGAUAAAGCCUAUAAAAUUCGUGAAAAGCUUUGCUUGCGAGGGAAGUAUUUGGAUAAAUACACUCACCAUGGUAAUGGUAGGAUUUGGAUUGACUGGGAUGAUAACAAGGUAGACAUAAGACAUGUCAAGAGCUCUAGCCAGUUCAUCUACUACAGUGUUCAUGAUAUGAAUGGAAAUUUUCCUUACUUGUUAACUGCUGUCUAUGCUCAUAACCAACUGAAUCAGAGGAAAAAUAUGUGGCAGAAUAUGGAGGACAUUUGUAAGAGCCAACAAGGCCCGUGGUGUGCAGUUGGGGAUUAUAAUAACGUUGUUACUAGUCUUGACAGAAGUGGUGGAAAUUUGGUAAUUGAGGCUGAGUUUAAAGAUCUUCGAGCCAUGAUGGAUAACACUGGGUUACAUGAGAUGGACAGCACUGGUGAUUUUUACACUUGGUCAAAUAAGCAGGCUAAUAAUCCAAUCUAUUCUCGGAUAGAUAGGGUUUUAGCUAAUUUAGAGUGGCUGCAGGAUCAUAGUGAUGUUUAUUUAGUCAUUCUCCCUCCCCAUAUUUCUGACCAUGCUAUUCUACACCUAAACAAACCUGGGAAGGUCAGGAAGACAAGGCAGUUCAGAUUCAAUAAUUGUUGGGUAGAUGCUAUUGGUUACAUUGAUCAAGUUCAAAGGAGUUGGGACAUGCCUAUGAGUGGAACCCCUAUGCAAAGACUAUGGAAGAAGUUGAUGAGUGUUAGUGCUUUUGAGGACUGGCUUUAUGUUUGGUAA